GUCAUUGUCGUCGGAGCAGGACCGUCAGGACUGCUCUUGUCAUUGUUGCUGAUCCGAGCCGGUAUAAAGGUCCAACUACUAGAUGCUGCUCCUACGUUAGACGAUCAGCCUCGUGCAGCACACUAUGGACCUCCAGCGAUUCCAGAUCUUCGACGAGCAGGGAUCCUGGAUAGGAUCAAGUGUCAAGGCUUGACGCUCAACACAAUGUGUUGGCGGAAGCUUGACCAGACAUACAUUGCUGGCAUGGAUUUCAGCGAGACUUUGUCGAAUGAUCCCGAAUAUGGUGAUGUGAGAACUGUUAGCCUGGCUCUACAAACACUGGACGCUUUGAUGUUGGAAGACUUCGAGAAGGAAGGUGGUCAAGUCAGCUGGGAGCAUCGUGUUUUGGAUGUCCAGCAAGAUGGGUCGAAAGUCUGGGUCAAGGUACAGACGCCAACUGAAAAGGAAAAGACCAUCGAAGCAGAUUAUGUCGUGGGAUGUGAUGGCGCAAACAGUGUCGUCAGAAAGAGCCUGUUUGGAGAGGAAGGCUUUCCAGGAUUCACAUGGAAUCAGAAGCAGAUCGUUGCGACGAAUACGUACUAUGAUUUCCGCAAAUUCGGCUACCUUGAUGCGAACUUCAUCAUAGAUCGCGAUCAUCUAUACAUGGCAGCUAUCAUCGAUGACAAAGGUCUGUGGCGCGUAACGUAUGGCGAAGAGCCUGGUUUGACACGCGAACAACUGCUCGAACGUCAGCCGAAAAAGUUCGAGACCAUUCUACCAGGAAAUCCAAAGCCUGGCGAUUAUGAAAUGGUGAAUUUCUCGCCGUAUCGCAUGCACCAGAGAGUAGCCGACAAAUUCAGAGUUGGAAGAGUCAUGUUGGCAGCAGAUGCGGCACAUNNUGGCGGUCUUGGAAUCACUGGCGGGUUCGUGGACGUUGGCUGUUUGUACGACUGUUUGUACGGCAUUUGGACGCAUCAAGCCGAUGAUUCAAUCCUAGACUUGUAUUCGGAAGUGCGACGACAGAAGUAUAAAGAGAUCAUCGAUCCAAUCUCGACAGAAAACUUCAAACGUGUCUUCGACCAAGACCCGGAAGUCGCGGGAGAGAAAGACCACUUCCUAGCAUCCUUUGGAAUCCGUCAUGACUUUACUCAAUACUACCGUAAGAAUAAAGGCAAGGGUCCUAUCAUUGAUGAUGCGAAGUCGGAUUUUAGCGCUGAACACAUUGAGGAGAUUGCGCCAACAGGAGCGGACUGA